GGGAAAGAGGUAGGACUUAUUUAGUAGUAUAACAUUUAUGGGGGCAGGUAUAUACAUCACGAGAAAGAAAGGCACAAAACCAAAAGAUACAUCGGGUCAAACUUCAGAAGAUAAAGAGACACAGAAUAUUGUAACAUAUAAAAGAAAACGAGUGGACAGUAGUGAAGAAAGUUCUCUAUCUUCCGAUGAUUCCUUAUCUCCUGAAGUUAAAUAUAAUGGUCCUCCUGUAAGAUAUAAACUUUGUUAUAAAAACGGACAUUCUGAGAUUAUUAAAGAUCUUUGUAUAUUGCAAGAUGGAUCCGAAAAUAAUUAAGAGCUCUGACAAUGAAAUAUAUAAGUUAUUAAUGUCUAGUACAGAAAAUAAAAUACCUAUAAUCAAAUUGCAUAGGAUUUCGGUCAAUGAAUUGUUAAAAUAUAACCAAGAAAAAAUUGCAAAUUCUUCAGACUCUGAAGAAUUAUUUGAGUCUAAAGUAUCAUCGUCAAAGAAUAUGCCUAUAAGGAAAUCAAAGAAUUCAUUAAAAAUAAAAUUGAGACGUUCCACAGAGCAUAGCAAUUAUAAAAUUGAUAAUGAAAGUAAAAGAAAACUUAUAAAAAAUAAAAAAGAAAAUGAUGAUCCAGUGAAAUCACCACGCAGAAUGGAAAGACUUCGAAGUCGGCCUAAAAGACUUAGUGAUUAUGAAUGUGAUAUGCUUCCUAUUGUAAGUUCUUUAAGAUCUAGAAGAACUAUUAAUUAUAACGAAGAGCUUAUUUAUGAUGAUGCAUCUUCAAAACAUAAUAAACGUGCGUGUACAUUUUCAAAGGAUAUUGAAAAUAGUAAUUAUAAACAACAUGGAAUAAUAGAAAAACGAUUAUCAAAGAUAUCAAAUAAUAAUGAAGAAAGUAAAGAGUGUGUUGAUGAUAUCCAAUUUCGAAAUAUAAUAGACACACCUAAGAAAGCAAUGAAACGUAUUUCUCGUACAACAUUUACAAAUAUGAUAGAUGAAAAUUCAAAUGACAAUGAGGAUAGUUUCUUUUCAAUUAAAAAAAAUAGACAAUCUGUUAAAAAUAAAGUAUUAGAAAAUGAAGGUAUUAGAAAUAGUAAUUAUAAAGAAAUUGAUAAUUUAUGCGAUGGCAUUAUGACGAUGUCAGAAAGUGUUUUAACAUCAAAAAGAAAAAAUGAUAGACAGGAAGAGGAAAUACCUAAAAAUAUAAAAAACAAUGUAAGAACAACUAAAUCAUCUCUUUCAAUGAAAUAUAAUAACUUGACGCCAUCCAUGGAAAGAAGAGCCACAUUAUUAAUAAAACCAUCAACACCUUUACAACAGAGUAGAUCAAAACUACAUGUGAGUGUUGUACCAAAGUCAUUACCUUGCAGGGAAGAGGAAUUUAAUAAUAUCUUCACAUUUUUAGAAGGAAAGCUAAUGGAUAAAUGUGGAGGAUGCAUUUAUAUAAGUGGAGUGCCUGGAACAGGUAAAACUGCAACUGUAAAUGAAGUAAUACGUUGUUUAAAAAGAUCAGUGGAAAAGGGAAAGCUGGAUGAUUUUAAUUUUUUUGAAAUUAAUGGUAUGAAAUUGACAGAACCAAGACAAGCUUAUGUGCAAAUUUGGAAACAAUUGAGUGGUAAAACUUGUACAUGGGAGAAAGCAUAUCGUGAACUUGAGAUGCAAUUUACUAAUAAAAAUUCUAAAAGACCAAUGACUUUGUUACUUGUAGAUGAGCUUGAUCUUUUGUGCACGAAACGACAAGAUGUAAUAUAUAAUUUAUUAGAUUGGCCUACAAAAGCAAAUGCACAAUUAGUAGUUAUUACCAUAGCUAAUACUAUGGAUUUGCCUGAAAGAGUAUUUAUGGGUCGUGUUACCUCACGAUUAGGUCUCACGCGAUUAACUUUUCAACCGUACAACCAUAAACAAUUACAAGAAAUAGUAUUAACUAGACUUAAGGAUACAGAUGCAUUUAGAAGUGAAGCUAUACAAUUAGUUGCACGGAAAGUAUCUGCUGUUUCUGGUGAUGCUCGCAGAGCUUUAGAUAUAUGUCGCCGUGCUACUGAGAUUACAGAAAUCCAUGGAAGAAAAAAAGUUAUCAUGGAAGAUGUAAAUGAAGCUUUAUUAGAAAUGAUAGAAAAUUCUAAAGUUCAAGCAAUAAAACAUUGUUCAAAAAUGGAACAAAUGUUCUUGCAAGCUGUAUCGGCGGAAGUAACUCGAACUAGUAUUGAAGAAGCAUGUUUUAAAAAUAUAUAUAAUCAACUUUGUUCGAUGUGCUCUUUUGAAGGUAUUAAGAUACCUACGUUAACAGAAAUAUUAGCCAUAUGUGGAAGAUUGGAAGCUAGUAGAUUGUUAAUACGUGACAAUGUACGAAUGGAUAUACAUCAAAGAAUUUUAUUAAAUGCAUCAGCAGAUGAUAUUCAUUUUGCAUUACAACCAAUUGAUCUUAAUUAAAAAAGUUUACUUGA